AUGGAGUACGUUGUGCUUAACAACAUGUUCUGCACGGCAAGAACCGUUUGUAGUGGACCUGAAAAGAGAAAGGAAUCGUUAACUUUAGCUCACGAAAUUGAUGUCUCGAAUGGUUAUGAAAUCGGAACGUCUAAAACGAGACGAUACCGAGGUGAACGAGCACGGCAAUUGGAAAACCCCACCACAGAUAAGAUACCUCUCUGCUUUCCUUACAUCUCCGAUGAAAUGAGCGCUGUCAUUAGGCGGUGUCUGAGGAGAGCAGACUUGGACAGUUCCGUUCCGGUCGUUGAAAUACCACCGAACAAUUUGAAACGUCAGCUAGUUCGGAAUCGUUUGUACGAUGCCAUCUGUACAACACCGUACUGUAUUAUUUGUCCCACAGGAAGACCAGGAGACUGCUUGAGAUCUGGGAUAAUCUACCUGAUUUCGUGCACGAACUGCGGCGACGAGUAUGUCGGUGAAACGGCACGACCGCUGUAUGUUCGCAUCAAAGAGCGCGUGAACGGCAAGAGUAGGUUACGAGAAUGGACACCUUUGGGUGCCCAUUCUCGUAACCUACUCUUGCCAUAG